AUGCAUCCGAAUAUCAGUUCUCUGUUCUUACCGAAAGAAUGCUAUGGCUUCCAUUCUGGCCACUUCGAUGGCGUGAUCUCUGGCUACCGCGAGACCACUGUAUCUCGCUUCGAUGACCCUUUUGAUGCCAAUGAGCGGACUACCCUACUUGCCGUGCUCAAAAAGAUCUAUGUGGCUCUCGGCGCGUCGGACGAAUCUGUAGGCUUUGAGCCUCCGACGCAUCUACUGAUGCACUUGCUGCAUCUCAGCUCGAGCGGUCGUAUCGAUCCGCAUGUCGACAACAUCGAAGCUUCGGGCGGAUUGCUUGCCGGUUUGUCUCUGGGCUCCGAGCGAGUCAUGCAUCUCGAACGAUCCAAGGAUGACGCUUUUUCGGUCCUUUUGCCACCCGGCAGUCUCUACAUUCAGCGCGGCACCGUUCGCUUUGACUACAAGCACUCGAUCCCAGCCGAGGAUACAUGGCAAUCACGUCUGGCAGGCGGGCAGCAGCGAUACAAUAUACAUCCCUGA